AUGUUUGCAGGUCGGCUCUUCUUGAAAGAGAAGAGCAUUCUGCCCGCCGAAUUAUUGUUGCACCACAGCUUAUCACCGCUUGGGGGCAGUAGUCGUCUGGGCGAACCCAGGAGCAGUAACGCGAGAAGAAGAAAAGGUUCUGUCUGGCGAAGCGUCUCGGCGAAACGCUGGUUCGGUCCUGACAACAUUAAUGAGAUUGAUCUCCAACAGAGUGGCAGUGUGUGUGGAGUUGGCUUCUCGGUUUCCCAAAGAGCCAGUGAGUCUGCAGAGCAACAGAGAGAACAUGGACGCUACCACUGGAGCACUAUCUUGGUUAUUGUUUUAGGCGAGCUGCUCUGUCGUGUUGUUAAAAUGUGUGAUCAGAAAAAUGGCGGGGACCACGGUGAGCCGCUAAACAGCGAGGACGUGGACGACCUGUCGGCCAGUGAUGAAUCUGAGCCCGAAGAGCUACACAGAAGUGCUCCCUUUGACCCAGAGCUGGACGACGACGACGACGACGACGGGGAGGUUGUGCUUUCUGCUCCAGCUGCCGGUCACAGAGCUCAGACUCCAUUUAGUCUGAGGGGAGGGGGCUCGGCCUUCUCAAACCGCAGCCACAGCAUCUUCGAAUGCCUGGACAGUGUGGCCCGGCUGGCCUCCUCCUCUGUGACCCCGGAUAAAGUCACAGACGGAGUGUUUGCUCGGCCUCUGCCGCCACGCUCCAGAAGGAAGAUGAGCCAGCCUGUGUCCAGCUGCCCCACGCCAGCAAAGAAGAGAGGAGUCCCAGACUUCGUGGUGCACCCCGAGCGCUGGACCCACUACAGCCUGGAAGAUGUGGAAGAGACGAGCGAUAAGGACAACAGGAAGGCAGCUCACAGCUUCCUGACCAGUCUGCAACAGAGGAAAGGGCAGCAGGAGAGCCAGAGUGAUGCCUCCUCCGACAGCCAGCAGAAGAUGAUCUUCUCCAGACCCAGCGGGACUCCAAACGAGCCACCUGCUGAUCAGCUGCCUGUUGUCCCUGCUGAUCAGCUGCCUGUUGUCCCUGCUGAUCAGCUGCCUGUUGUCCCUGCUGAUCAGCUGCCUGUUGUCCCUGCUGAUCAGCUGCCAGUUGUUCGAGGCAAAGAGAAGGAGACACGCCUCAGUCAUCUGGAGGAGGACGUCGAGGAUGAGGAGGGCAGGGAGAAAGAGACGGCUGGAGGAAGGAGAAUAGAGAAAGCUGAGGAAAAACAGGAAGAUGAAGAAAAAGACCCGAGGGGAGCUGUGGGUCCACCAGAGGAGAAGAAACGGGUGCAAAAAGUAACAUAUGGGGAGGAGGAAGAGGAGGAAGAAGAGGAGAUGGAAAAGAUGGGAAAGAUGGAAGAGGCCAACUCAGCCUUCACCUCCUUCAGGAAGACGAAGCACAUGAACUACAGGAAGGGCUCCGGGCGAGAGGACAACUGAGCACAACACGGCUCUCUCUCACCUCAUCACCGUCUCAAAAUGAUACAAACAAACAAACAACUGCUGUUGUCUAUUCAAAUGUGCUGACUUUACUGUACGUCACCAAACCGUAACAAAAGUCGACCUUUUCUGCUCUACCUCCAACUUCUCCGGUGGGUAUGGUUGGAAAUGUGUUCUUCUGCACCGGUUGCCACGCCAACCGUGGAUUGAACUUCGUUAAUCUGUUCUAAAUAGCGUACCCCGUAGUGAGGCACGCUAGUUUUACAUCCACGGCUCACGAUCAUUUCAUUGGCUGGCCACAUUUUGUGGGUUUUUUCAAUAUUAAAAAAAAAAAUUGUGAGUGAAAAAAAGACCCAUUUAGUCAUCUUUUUUUUAAUAAGAAGUCUGAAAACAUUCAGAAAGUCAACGGGAAACCGAUUUCCACUCUAUCGUGGGGCUGCUAGCGUUAGCUUCAUUAGCUAGCCGCAGUGACAGGAGGCAACACCAACAGUCGUUGGCUAAACGUGAGACGCUCCUUCUUUCUCAGCUCCGUCAGUAUUUCCUCCUGGAUAACGGGCGUAGUUUUAAACUUCUGGUUAUGUAAAUUGAAACAAAACGCCUUGUUGGUGGUUAGGCAACACAGUUAGUUGAUUAAUUUAGUAAAACAUCAUGUUUUGGCAUGAAAUAGCUCGUAUGUGAUGUUAUUGAAGUUGCAGAUGUAAAUUAAAAUGAGUCGAUGUUGAUAAUUUGGUGUCACAAAGAACACAAGCGGCGGCCUCCUGGGUGGAGGUCUCGUGUUUGUCACCGUGACCUCAUUCUGCAGAAUCAUUUGAGAUGCAUCAACAAUAUAAUCUGUUUCCCUUAAAGUUUAGUUGUCGGUGAAAUCAGUUGAUUCCGAAUCAGCCAGAAAGUAAAAGUAAAAAGUCAAUUAAAUGUGGAACUUUAUUUUUUAUUUUUAUUGUGACUACAAAACCAACAUGAGGGCAGUGAGUACAUCCUGUGUCUGCAUAGCUGGUCAAAGUGGGGAGUGAAUUAAGAAUAUGUGUAGGAAUUUUUAAGGCAUUUUGGUGUUGAUGGUAAUUUGAUUUUUAUUUCUUGUUGCAUGUAUUUUUGAAUAGUCUCAAUUAAAAAUUUUGAUUUAUAUAUA